AUGGUGGACACGGAUUAUAAGAAGGCGCGCAAAUUUGAAGGGGGAUUGCGGAGCGCUAUCCUGGAUAAGGUCAACAUGUUGAAGUUACCUACUUACGUUGAUGUGUUGGAAAGAGCUGUUAUAGCGGAAGGAAAUCUUGCUACUCAGAGUCGAAUCUCGGAAUGGAAAGGGAAGAGGCAAAAUACUCAAUGGUCGAAGGGAUCACCUACUCCACCAAACAAGAAGCAGACUUUAGGGAGUUCAAAUACUUCUACCCCUAGUCAGGAUUCAAUACCGACUUGUCCGGAAUGUGGAAAGAAGCAUCGUGGAACGUGCUAUCGGAAGUCUGGAGCCUGUUUCCAGUGUGGCAAGACGGGUCAUUUGAUCAAGGAUUGCCCUCAAAGAAAUCAACAAAGCAAUAAUAGAACCACUACAAGUUCAGCGGGGUCUGUACCAACUUCCAACACCAAGACAACUGUUAAACCUUCAAAUAAUAAAGACACUGCGAGACAAGGCAGGGUGUUCGCAUUAAUUCCGGGAGAUGUGCAAAAUGCAGCAACAGUGGUGUCAGGUACAUUUAUUGUUCACGGUCAUUUUGCUCACGUAUUAUUUGAUUCUGGCUCCACCCACUCUUUUGUGUCGAAACUAUUUGCUCCUAAGUUAGAUAAAACUGAAGAAAAACUGUCUUAUAUGUUGUGUGUGACUUCACCUUUGGGAGGCCCUAUGAGUUGUACUUCUAUCUAUGCUGCUUGUGAACUCCAACUUGGGGAUGUCAGGGUAUAUGCCAAUCUGUUGCCUCUUGAUAUGGCCUAUUUUGAUAUUAUUCUGGGAAUGGACUGGUUAGGUGAAUACGGUGCAACUAUAGAUUGUUUGACUAAACAAAUCAGUUUCCACCCUCCGGGGCAAUCAGGGUCUACCUUUCAGGGACAUGGAAUGACUUCACCACCUUAUUUAAUUUCUGCAGCAAGGGCUUGUAAAUUAGUUCAGAAAGGGUGUCAGAGGUAUUUAUGCAGUGUUUUAGAGGGGCAAAUGGUGAAUGGGAAUACCGACAUGAUCCCAGUUGUCUGUGAAUUUCUGGAUGUUUUUCCAGAAGAAUUACCAGGACAGUUAAUAGAUCCUUCCCUUGGAAGCUUGGAAUUGAACUUCCAUAAAGAGGGAGUUCCUCCUCCCUCCUCAGAGGAAGGGGUUUCUGUUGAUCCACACAAAAUUGAGGCGAUUGUGAAAUGGCCGACUCCUACCAAUGUGGCCGAAGUGCGUAGCUUCAUGGGGUUAGCUGGCUAUUACAGGAGAUUCGUUCAAGAUUUUUCUAAAAUUGCUGGACCACUUACACAAUUGACUCGAAAGGGAGUUGUAUUUGAAUGGUCAAAAGAGCGGGAAUCUGCUUUUCAGGAAUUAAAGAUGAAAUUAACCACAGCUCCAGUUCUAGCUUUACCAUCUGGUAUCGAAGGGUUUGUGAUCUACAGUGAUGCGUCUCAUAAGGGAUUAGGGUGUGUGCUUAUGCAAGGUGGAAGAGUCAUAGCCUAUGCUUCACGACAACUUAAACCCCAUGAAAAGAAUUACCCCACGCAUGACCUCGAGCUUGCGGCAGUGGUUUUUGCUCUAAAGAUAUGGCGGCAUUAUUUGUAUGGUACUACCUGCGAAGUUUACACCGACCACAAAAGCCUUAAGUACCUUUUUACCCAGAAGGAAUUGAACAUGCGGUAG